CAGGGACCCCUGGCAACCGAUGGAGUGGAAAAAAAGGAGGGGAUGCCCUUUUCCCUGUGCUUAUGGUGCACAUCUUGCUGCAGAGGGAUGCUUUCCAAAAAGCAGCAAAGCUGCAGGGUGACAGGGAUGGGCAACAGCAGGCAGCUCUUCCCAUGCUGUGCCUUUAAGAGCAGGGAGCGGUGUCCCAGUGGGGCCUAAAAAUAGUGUAUCAUAACUCUCCUGUCCUGGCUGGAUCCUGUGAGGCGCAGUGUUCCUUCUCAGUGCGGGGACCGCGGCAGCUUCCCGCCGGUGGGCUGGCCGGAAGGCCGCAGAGCGCAGGGACGCUCUUGGCUCGGGCUUUGUCUGCAGCAAGGCUCUGUGACCACCCCAGCACCAUGGUGAGGAACGUGGACGACUUUGACUUCUGCCUGCCUUCACACGCCCAGGGCGUGCUGGAGGGUCUGCAGCGGCUGCGUGCCAACCCGAAGCUGGCGGACGUGACACUGGUGGCAGGCGGGCGGGAGUUCCCCUGCCACCGGGGCAUCCUGGCCCUCUGCAGCCACUACUUCCAUGCCAUGUUCUCUGGUGACUUUGCUGAGAGCAUUGCAGCCCGGGUGGAGCUGAAGGAGGUGGACCCUGAUGUGCUGGAGAUGCUGCUCGACUUCGCCUACACAGGGAAGGUCACCAUCAACCAGGACAAUGUGGAGGGGCUGAUGCAGACCUCCAGCCAGCUCCACUUCCCCACUAUCCAGAAGGUCUGCAGUCGUUACCUCCGGCAGCAGAUGGAUGCCACCAACUGCCUAGGUAUCUGCGAGUUUGGUGAGAGCCAUGGCUGCCCCGAGGUCUCCUCCAAGGCCUGGUCUUUCUUGCAGGAGAACUUUGAAGCUGUUUCUCAGCAGGAGGAGUUCCUCCAGCUCUCUAAGGAGAGGUUGGCUGUCUACCUCUCCAAUGACCAGCUGCAGGUGCAGGAGGAACAGAGCCUGGCUGAGGCUGUGCUGCGCUGGGUACGCCACGACCCAGGGCCCCGAGCCCAGUUCCUGCCUGAGCUGCUGGAGCUGGCGCACCUCGUCUCACUGCCUGACCAGUACCUGCAGAACCUGCUUGCCACUGAGCCCCUUGUCCGUGACUCGGAUGCUAGCAAGGCUCUUGUGGCUCGGUCCUGCGCCACGGGUCAGAGCAGUGCUGGUGCCUGGAAGAACCCCACAACCCCACCACCGAAGCUGGAGGAGGUGCUGGUGGUGGUUGGUGGCCGUGUGCUGGAGGAGAGCGAGGAUGAGGUGGGAGAGCUAGAGAUGCCAGCUGCACCCAGGAACUUCGCCUUCUACAACCCCAAAAGCAGGCGAUGGAUGGCACUGCCUGACUUCCCUGAUUACAACAAAUGGGGCUUUUCCUUGGUGGCUCUGAACAAUGACGUGUAUGUCACAGGUGGCUCCCGGGGGUCCCAAAAUGACACAUGGUCGACAACCCAGGCCUGGUGCUUCUGCCUCAAGGACGGGGCCUGGAAGCCCAUCGCCUCCAUGUUGAGAGCCCGGACAAACCACACCAGUGCCAUCCUCAAUGGCGAGGUCUAUGUUAUUGGGGGGACAACAGUGGAUGCCGUGGAGGUGGAGCGCUAUGACCCCUACAACAAGAGCUGGUGUGCCAUCAGCCCAGCCCCCAAGUAUGUCAGCAAUUUUGCAGCCGCCAGCUGCUUGGGCAAGCUCUACCUGGUGGGCUCCUGCGCUGUCAAGUACAACGCCCUCACCCUGCAGUGCUACAACCCUGUCCAAGAUUUGUGGAGUGUGAUCACAUCUCCCUUCAUCCCCAAGUACCUGUCAGCACCACGCUGUGCCACCCUGCGUGGGCUCAUCUACCUCAUCGGGGACAACACCAAGAAGGUCUACGUGUACAACCCAGAGGCCAACAUCUGGCAGAAGGUGCAGCUGCUCCACACACUCCAUGAGAACGGUGGGAUGGUCGCACUGGGCGACCGGCUCUUUGUCACAGGCGGCCACUGGAAGGGCAUGGAUGGGGACUACCGGGUGGAGAUGGAGGUGUACGACUGCACCAAGGACCUCUGGACGCGGGAGGGCUCCCUGCCAUGCCUCUGGCUCUUCCACAGCUCCUCCUCCAUCUUCAUGGACACCUCCAAGUGGACAGAGGCUUUCCAAGGUGACCAUGGAUGGUAGGAAAAGCACCCAGUGUUGCCUGUCACCCUGCACAGUCAUGGUACCCCUCUCACCUCUCCCCUCUGCCCGUUCAGCUCUGCAGGAGUGGGAAGAGGCAGGAUUGAAGCCCCUCUGCCAGGUUGCCUAGGGCAUUGGGGAGCCUCUUCCCCCCCCUUGCAGGGAAAUUAUUUUUCCUUAUAAACAUGCUUUGGCUAA